GCGAGUCAACAUGUUUUCGAGAAGCAAUGCGACUGUUUAUACAAAAGUUAAUUUUUUAACCGCUUGCCGGAGUUGACACUCGUUGGUUAUUUUUGCAAAAGAAACGCAAACUUUCCUUACCUUUGAAGAUGACUAACAAGGCAACAUCGCUGUGUGUUGUACUCUUCCUUUUAAGCCAAUGCGCCCAUUUCUCUGUCCAAGAUGGAAUAUCGGCCAACUGCGUUUGUCCGGUAGCGUCGUGUGCGCCAUGCCCUCUUAACACUUUCGACGCAGCUCGUGCCCGCAGCCAAGUUGUGCAGAUUAGCGAUAAAUGCCCACCGUGCCCACCUCCACAGUGUCCGUCGUGCGAUCCGCAGCCGUCCAGUAUCUGUACACAAGUCAUGUGCGCUCCGAAUUGCACACCGGCCAACCCGAUCAAUCCAAUCAGCACCAGCCAGUGCUGCAUUUGCGGCCCUAUUUCUGCGGGAUAGCAGCGAACGAGAAUUUUUGCUUUGGCAAGCAAAGGACAGAGAAGACCAUCGCGAAACGGCUCUGCAAACACGACAGCAGGCUAAUGGAACUUUUUUAAUUAGUUCUCCUGGUUCAAAAUCAAUUUAAUAUGCUGUAUUUUUGUGUGUGUACUCAGUGUACUCAGUUGUUAUCGAUGGAUGUCCUCGCUACAUGUUUGGAGAUACUGUACACAAUUACGACUUAAGCUGUAUUAUCGAAUACUCGAGCUGUGCAUGCGCGAUGAGUAUACGAAUUAAACAAAGUCUUC